ACCAAUUUUGCUGCACGCAUCGUCUCCGCCGAUCUCGUCGUCGUUUGUUUUGUAGUCGAUUGGCGUCGUGCACGGUGUGCAGGCAGGGUGCAUUCUACUGAUAUUCGAGCUUGCACGUGUAGCGGUGUUGUAUGCAAGAGGCGAGUAGGCUCUGCGGGGGUUGGAGGUGUGCCACACGUGAAAACUAUGGACACUGCGUAGACUGCAGUCUCUCCACCAUUCGAUUGUGCUCGCUCUAGCUUCAUUGUACGACGACAACGAGCGUUAGUAAGACUUCCAGCUGUUUAGUUAUCAGCCCGAGGCAAUUACACGUUCGUUUACGCAGAGCGAUUAUCGUGCUCGUGGCCCCGAUGGCUGCCUCAUUAUGCACGUCUUCUCCACAUUUUAUGUUUGCAUGGCUUCUUGCGUGUGUCCCGCCCGCUGCUUCCGAGAUCUCUAAAUAGACAAGCAUUUAAAUGUAGUACCAUGCGGGGAUUUCAAUACAUUUUGUGCUGUUUUUGCAGUUAGCUGGAGAUGAAAGGAAGGGCGAGUCGAUGGUGACAUGUGGCGAGCUCGAUCUGAGUCAGAGUUUGAUUCUAGAGCGUGGAGAGCGGGAUCGAUGGAGUGGAAGCAGUGGAGCCAAAUGUAUCCUACCAGGGUCUCUAUUCAAGGUACCAUUGGUGUACCACCACAUUCAAAUAUUGUGGAAACUCGGAGACGUGUUGGUUCUCUACCUGUGGUUCCUUGUCCCGUGUAUCCAGUGGGAAGAUUUGGUCAUCAUUUUCAGCGCCUGCCUGUAGUCAGUGCUAGACCAUUUGGGACUUUGUCAUCUCACCAUGAUGUGUAUUCGGAAUGUGCAAUGGCAGGGUUAGGUCGGAAUGAAGCAUCAGCUUUGCAUAGACCGAGGGUAAUGGAAGCUCCACGUUUGCAUUUGAAACAAAACCGUCCGCAUUUGUCACGCUAUCCUGUGCAGCCACUGCUAAAUGAAGACAUGGCUAGUAGUACUGGAGGAGACCAAGAGAUGAGUGGAGAGGGAGUAGCUGUAGCAGCAGCAGCGUCAGCAGGAGCAGCAGCAGGAGAAACAACUGGAAGUGAAGAUGAUAGUAGGUCAUCAAGUGGGUCGACGUUGUCAUCUUCUAGUUCCUCUACGGAGAGUAGGGAUGAUCAGGGGUUAGUUCAAGGUCGGAACAGUACUGGGAGUUUGACUGCAGACCAGGACAUGCAGAAAAGGUCUGAAAUGGCUGUUGGAAUUGAUCAGAGUUGCCAUGUUUGUGGGCAUAUGCUGUCGGCACAAGCAGCAGGGUCAAGACUUUCUUUGCGCAGGGAAUACCAUUCAGAUGGUGUACAUUGCAUGAAUUGUGAACUCAAUAGAACAGAACAAAAGAGUCGCAGGCAGAAUCUACUCUUGGAACAAAUUCAGAGCCGAGAUGACAGGAGGAUGGACUCGUCACGACCACCUUCUGAUUCAAUCGAGACAGACGAAGUACACACAUCUAUGGAGAAGAGAAGUCGACAGUCUAAUCCAAAGUGUGCCUAUUGUGAACGGCGUUUUCUCAGCAGGGCUAGUCGUGACCAACAUGCAAGGAAAUGCGAUGGAAAUCCUUACCGUUGUGCUCAGUGCGGCAAGGCUUGUCUAGGACGCGUCAAAUUGGAACGGCAUAUGCGGAGCCAUUCUCGAAGCCGCCUGUCAACUCUCAAAGCUCAAGAAAUAGCCAAGAACAAACAGGGUAAAGCUCCAGAUCCCAAAUGUGCUUACUGUCAGACAAGAUUCCCCACAAGAGUUGUUCGGGACCGACAUUCACGUCUAUGCCCGUCUAACCCUUACAAAUGUCCACAGUGCGGAAAGGCGUUUCUAGGCAUGGCCAAACUUGAACGUCACGUUCGAACUCACUCUGAAGUGAGAGCAGGCCAAGCAACUGCUGCCGGUAUUGUUCAACGCAGUUCAAUAGAAACGCAGCCCCGCGCCUUUCGAAUGACUGAGGAAAACACUUCAUUGAAACCGCGGACAUCUAAUAGGACAGCAACCCCUAGUCACAGGCACUCUAUUGAGUCAAUACUGAACAUGGAUGGGCCAUAG